GGGAAAGGACGGGGCGGGGUGGGGCGGAAUAAGGAAAAUGUAAGUCUGUUAUGGUUGUUCAGUCUACAGCGGUGUCCGAGUCACAUCAAUACUACAAUUGGGGGUUGCUCCAUGACAGCGGGAAGAUGUACAACUAAACACACACAGCGCUCUGGCACAGAUCGUACCCGACUGCAACUUUACGCACUGCGCCAGUGUUAUUGAGACUUGCUGGCAGCUGAGGUUGUGAACUGUAACUGAACGGGUGAAGAUGGCCAAGCGAGUCGCUAUCAUUGGGGCUGGAGCCAGUGGGCUAGCAUGUAUAAAAUGCUGUUUGGAUGAAGGCUUGGAGCCUGUAUGCUUUGAAAAAAGCAACGACAUUGGAGGGCUCUGGAACUUCCAGGAAGAGGUGACAGAUGGGAGACCUAGCAUCUACAAGUCACUGAUCAUCAAUACCUCCAAAGACAUGAUGGCCUACAGUGAUUUUCCAGUUCUUGAAGAUUAUCCAAACUAUAUGCAUCACUCAAAGAUUAUGGAGUAUUUCCGCCUUUAUGCUGCACAUUUCGAUCUGUUGAAGUACAUACGAUUUGCGACCAAUGUCUCCAGUAUUACACAGCGGACAGAUUUCUCUACCACUGGACAGUGGGAUGUAGUGACAAGCAACACUGAGGGAAAUUUGGAAACGACUACCUUUGAUGCUAUUUUGGUCUGUAUCGGUCAUCACGCUGACCCUCAUUUACCUCUGGAUACAUUUCCUGGUAUAGACAAGUUCAAGGGUCAAUACAUGCAUAGUAAAGAUUAUAAAAGUCCCCAAAAAUUCGAAGGGAAAAGAGUGGUAGUAGUUGGAAUUGGUAACUCUGGGGUCGACCUUUCAGUUGAAAUCAGUCAACAUGCGAAACAGGUGUUUCUGAGUACAAGAAGGGGUGCCUGGGUAUUGAAUCGUGUGGCUGAAAGCGGUUACCCUGCAGACUUGAUCUUUACCCGUCGCAUUAAUGGCCUAUUAAUUUCAUUUCUACCUGAGCUGCUAAUUCGGCGAUCCAUAAACAAACGAUUUGAUCAUGGAAAUUAUGGUUUGCAACCUAGCCACAGUGUUUUCAGCCAACAUCCAACAGUUAAUGACGAUUUGCCAAAUCGCAUUUUAUCUGGACGUGUUCUUGUGAAACCUAACAUGAAGCAGUUAACUGAAUCAGCAGCCAUCUUUGAAGAUGGCACCAUGGAAGAUAUUGAUGCUGUUAUUUUUGCAACAGGAUACAGUUUUGCUUUCCCAUUUCUGAAUGAGUCUGUCAUCAAAGUUAACAGAAACCAUGCUGUUCUUUAUAAGAAUGUCUUUCCACCUCAUCUGGAGCAGCCGACUCUAGCCAUCAUUGGCCUUGUCCAGCCAUUGGGAGCCAUUAUGCCAAUAUCUGAAAUGCAGGCUCGUUGGGCCACAAGGGUUUUUAAAGGGUUGGUGAAACUACCUUCUGUUAACAACAUGAUGGCAGACAUUUUGGAGAAGAAGGAAAAUAUGGCCAAAAGAUACGUCAGCUCCCAAAGGCACACCAUUCAAGUUGAUUUCAUACCCUACAUGGAUGAGAUAGCUGAGCUGAUCAGUGUAAAACCCAACAUCAAGCACCUCCUCCUCACUGAUCCACAGCUGGCAUUUCAAGUUUUCUUUGGCCCCUGCACACCUUUCCAGUUUCGAUUGAUGGGACCUGGAAAAUGGCCAAAAGCCCGGGAAACCAUCUUGACACAGUGGCACCGCACCAUCAAGCCCACUAAAACGCGUGUGGUUCCCAGUGGUCAGCAAAAUGCCUCUUGGCCAAUCCUGCUGAAAUUCUUGCCCAUACUGGUGGCACUCUGUGCUGCUUAUCUAUUUCUCUAUUAGUCAGAAGUCCAACGAGGAGUUCAGCUCGGUUUCUGUUGCCAAGCCAAAUAACAAUGGAGGUUGUUUCGCAUCCAAUCGUUUCAAAUGAACUGUAACUAAUUAUGUUCUUGAUUACACUCUGAAAGAGCUCGUGCCUUGAAUGAAACACACCUAGCGUACUAUUCGCAUUUUAACUGUUCAGACAACUCUAAUCUUGUAUUCUAAUAUUUAACAUUCAUUGAAUAAAUCCCUUCAGAGAUAGCCAGUUGUCUGAGGUGUCACGAGUGACUGAGGGAUCUGCACUCCAUUUGGAGUUUGCAAUUUGGAAAUGAACGAGGUGAACAAGCAUGUUGUGAUCUGAAUAUGCCAGAAGUAUUUGCACACUUUUUCACAGAAGUUGUACUUUAUCCCAGAAGUGGAAGUUUGGCUGUGUUGGUCAUACUCGACAACUGUUAAAUUUCAGAUCCCAGACCAAGGAUGGAGCAUGGUCCAUGGGUUCAUUUCACAUCCUGACCAACAUUUCUCCAUCAACUAAUGCCCAAUUAGGCAGUUUUAUCACAGACCUUUCUCUUGUAAUCUGGGAUUUUGCUGUGAUCUUACUGACAUAUAUGGAUCUCACUGAAAAGUACAGAACUUAAUUGUAUACUUUACUGAAAAAUGGUGUAAUAGUGUGCUGUGUGUAUUUCUGUGAAUUGUUAAACUAAUUCUAAAUGAUGUUCACCUAAUAAUAUUCAUAUUUACAAAUAUUUUAAAAACUAACUUAAUUUUUCAAAAAUUAGACUAAAUUGAAAGUUGAAGCAAAUGCAGUCUACAAUUGAGCUAUAACCAUAGUAAUUAGUACAUAAACAUUGCUGGCUUUCUAUUCUCAUACUUGACUCUGGGAAAAGUAUUUACAAACUUCUUCCCUGAGGUUGUACUUUAUCCCGGUAGCAGGAGUUAUCAGAUUGUAUCACAAGCUCUCAGCUUGGUUGAGUUUGCUGCACUCGCCAUCCUGAAGAACUCUUUCAGGGAGUGAUUCAAGAUGUAAAUGUUGACCCAGUAAAGUCCACAGAGGAAGACGAUUUCAGUAAACAAGGAUUGUGAUAGGGAGGUAUUAAUAAUUUGAAAAUACACAAAGAAUUGGAGCAUAACAAUAACUUGUAAAUGUACUUGUUAUAAGCACUAAGAUAUAGUCUAUAGUCUUUUAAGACCAUAAUAUAAGUGAGAUCAAAUCUUUUGCACUUCUUGUUCUGAUAUGUUUAUUUUUGUUUCCAAAUAUGAUCCUUUGCAAAUUAUAUCAAUUUUUAGUAUAAAUCAUUUAAUAUUAUUUAUUUGAGUAUUGUUAACAACUUCUUCUUGCCAAAUUGUUUAUGAUUGCAGGAAAUUCUCUUUCACUUACGUGCUCUGGAUUAUAAGGAUUAAAUGAGUUCUUUUUUGCUGAGUCUUCUUGAAAUAAACUGAUAACAAAACAAUAUAGUGCCUACGUGAUGAAUAUUCACUUCCCAGUACUCAAGAGGCUUAUUGCUAAACUCUGCUUUCUUGCACAGCUUUCUUUCUCUGCUUCAGACAAUUGUUCAUCUGUAAUUUGUUGGUGUUCUUCUAGUUUGACAGAAUUGUUCCUGUGUUUGAAAAUCCUUUGUAAUUUGUAAACCUCUAAUAAAUUAAAAAUCCUCUAUGAA